GCGGAGGUGCAGCAGGCGGCGUCAGGUGACCCUUAGUCAGCCACGCGUGAUUGGCUGCCUGGGGCUGCAUUGGCAGGCCACGUCGAAUUCCCAUCCUUUGGUGGCUGUGAACUCCUUCCCCUGAAAAUUCAUUCCCAUCCUGAAUGACCCGCAGCCAUCAUGGCCCGCUAUCCCGGGCUAAGCAAAGGCUGCAAGACCUGUCGCGAGCGGAAAGUCAAGUGUGACGAGACAUGGCCACAAUGCUCCCAGUGUAUACGUCGCACUCUUAAGUGCCCGGGUCCUACCCAGGGAUCCAUCUUCCUGGAGGCCACCAGUUCCGAUAAAUCGAGCAAGUAUAAACGCAUCGGCGAGAAUGUGACCGAUCAGUCGAACCCCAACUGUCCUCCCAACUCUGCCAUCGUGCCGGCGAAACGUCAGCGCCAGGUGCCGCGGAAGACGCCGCCCUCAUGCACGACGCCCGCCGCCCUCCAACCGAACGUCAGCCUGACCCUGCAGCUGCAUAUGGUCGACCGCUUUCUAUCCUUCUUCGAGAAAUCCGGCAUGUACAAAACGCGGCGUAGCCUGUGGAUUUACCUGUGUCGUGGAAUGGGCGAACCCGAGGGCCGCUCUGAUUGGCAAUCCAGCGUCCGUGCGGUGUCCUUGGCGUUCUUUGGCACCUUCAACAAAGACAAGGCUGCCAUGGUCGAGGCCCGCAAGUGGUACGGCGUGAGCAUCCAGCAUCAGCGACAGAAGCUGCUGCGGGCCCCCCGUCUGGCGUCCAUCCAGCCCGAUCGACCCGAGGAAAUCACCAAUUUCGUCAUCCUCGCCUAUGCCGAGAUGAUGCUGUCGACGAACCCCAAUGCCUGUUACCAGCAUCUUAGUGCAGCAGCAACGCUGCUGAGUAGUCUACACCCGAGGACGUACCAGAGUGGGCAUCUGCGUGAGCUGUUCCAGGUGAUCCAACGAUUAUUGAUUACCUAUAACAUUGACCAAUUCAUGGACGGGUCUCCCGCACGCUACCCCAUUCCGUCACUGCAAGUCAGCGACAAGGACACGCAUGACGAGUUUGUCGAUGUCCUGACCGAAAUCCCCGAGCUUCUGUCCUCCCGCGUGAGUCCUUUUGAAACGGAAGAUGAGGAAGAGCCCACCGAUCACAUUAGACGGCAACUGAGCCGACUGGCGGAUACCUUGCUCUUGGAAUUCCCUUCCGUUCAUUUCCAUUAUCCCCAUUACUGCCCGCCAAAUGACAUCCUAUAUGCAAUUCCGCUCACCGACGAUGUCACCUGUUCGGACACUUUCAUGAUCAUGACCCUCUGGAGUCUCGCCUGUAUCCUGACACUUGCUCACUCCCAAGACCCCAAGGUCCGCCUCUGUGAUGGCAUCCAGCACCAUUGCCAAGUCAUCAUCGGUGCCACGACGUCGAUCGUCGAGUUCCAGGAUGUGUAUUGUUUCGGUUCUUCGAUUGCGCCGUUGAAGGCCGUGCUUUUGUAUAGCUCAAACCCAAAACAGCAGGAGGAGGCGAUGGCUCUGAUACAGAAACUGGGAGGGGCAUUCAGGUUCGAUGGAUUGUUGGGCGGUUCGGACUGAGGGCGGCUGUUUUGCAUGUUGCUUGAUGGAUCAUCGAUGCGGGUCAUCGGAAUGUUCUUGCAUAUAGUAUCGAAAAGUCCUUAGGU